AUGGGGAAAAUGGAAUCUCUGAAAGUGCUUCAAGGAGAUGGAGUUCCAAUAUAUCGCUUACUCACUACGAUUGUGGAGGUCAAAUUACAACCAAGAAAAAAUCCAGAGACAUAUUGGACUAGUUAUUUACCAUGCAAUUUAGUGGAAUUAAGUCUUAGUGACUGCAAUCUCUCUGAUUAUGAUUUUCCUCGGGGUUUCGGUAACCUGUUCUCAUUGCAAAGAUUAAAUCUAAGCUGUAAUCCUAUUUCUAGCCUACCAGAUUGCAUCAGAGGCCUUAAGAGACUCGAGGAACUCUCUUUUUCACAGUGUAUGAGACUCGAGUCGCUUCGAGGGCUACCCCCUGUGACAGAAUUGAUAGUAAAUGGUUGCACAUCAUUGGAAACAGUAGCAUUUCAAUCAAUGUCGUACCAACCAAAGAUCAUCUUGGAUGAAUCCAAUUACAAGCUAGUUGAGAUUGAGCACUACUUCAAGUUAGAACACAUUGAAAGAGUUGAUGAAAAAAUGAUCAACCUUUUGAGCCUGGGCAAGUUGAAAUCCACGGAAACCAUUAUGAUGGAUAGUACCCUACAUGUGUUCAAAACUUGGAUGAAGAGUAGGAUGCAUCCCAUCCAGGGACUGAAUGAAUAUGGUAUAUUCAGCACAUUUCUUCCUGGAAAUGAGGUUCCAGGCCCUUUCAGCCAUAGAAGUAGUACACAGUCGUCAAUAUCUUUAACCGUGCCUAUACGUGGCAAUCUCAAGAUUCGGGGCUUGAACGUCUUCUCUGUCUAUGCAAAGUCCAACAGUGAUUCUCCCAAGAACAUCAAUGCCAAUGUUGAAUCAAUACCUAACCUAAUAGUUACUGCAAUUAAAGUCAGUAAUGAAAAUGGAAAGAAUUUGAAGUGGGUAUAUGUCCCUUCAUUCUUUGGCGUUCCAGGUGAUGGGAAAGACAUGGUAUGGUUAAGCCAUUGGAGGUUAGGAAGUCAAAUUUUAGAUCGUGGCGAUCGGGUGACUGUUUCAGUAUUUACGAGAUUUGAGUUUCAGGUAAAAGAGUACGGCAUUCAGGUUGUGUACGAGCAAGAAAAGAAGAUGAGGACUCGAGAAGAUAGAAUUGACACAAGUCAGUCAAAUAUGGUGCUCCAAGAUGAUCAUGAUGAGGCGGCAGGUGUAAUAAGUUUUCGGAAUGAUGCUCCUUCUUCUCAAUUUGUCAUUGCUGGAGAUCUUUCAAAAACUGACGAGGUGAUGUCAGGAACAUACUUCCUCAGCAAUCGACCUGAGGAAAUUGUUGUGGAUAGGUGGUCAUGGUUCGAUGACUUCGUUAGUGAGGAAAAUAUAGAUCUCGAAAACUUAGAAGAGAACCAUAAAGGGGACAUGCAAUUUGGGGACAGUGAAUCCGCCUCUUAUCAAAGAGAGGGAGGGAAAGCAUUCAAUUUCGGUUGGAAUUACGUGGUCAGCAUCUUCACAAUGACAAAGAAAAUUAUUCGGAAAGCAACUCCCAACAACUUCCGUUGCGGCGGAACAGAAGGGUACUAAAUGGAAGCUCCACCAACCCAACUGGGAAAGAAAGCCAUGGAAGGCAAGGCCCAUCAUAAAUAGAACAAAAUUGAAGAAGGUGUUUUGACUUGAUAUGGAUCGUUGUGGAUUAGAUUAUGGCGGUGAUGGUCAAAUAAUGAUG